AUGUCCUUACAGCAGAAGGCAUCGAUCUUGCAGAGUCACUGCAGCCACAGCUUAAGCCUGAAGACCGCUGCUAAGGGUGGCGAAGGAAACCAGCAAACCCUCGUGUGCUCCGCCGCUUCCUGCCCACCCAAGGACACUGCAUCACAGCCCUGGGACACGGAGCGCCCAGGCACAGCUCACCGCCCCGAGAGCCGCGCAGGAAGCCCGAAGGAAGCCGAGCCCGUCCCGCAGCUCCCGAAGGAGGGGCGGACCGAGGCGGCCGCUCAGGCGCGGUGCGCACCCGCGAGUGCGGGAGAGCCGCAGCCGCCCUGCGCCAUCCCGGUCCCGCCCGAGCCUGCGGCCACCCCCAGCCCUUCCCCCGGGAAAACACAAAACACACACGGGCGGGUGGGCCUCCCCCACACACACAGUCCAAUGCGCGGCUCUGGGGCUCUGCCGGGGCCGGGGCGCCCCCUCCGCGCCACCCCCCGCGCAGCGCCCCCCGCCGGCCGCCCCGCGCUACCUCCGCUCGCUGCCUCCGCCUCAGCCGCCUCCUCCCGGCCCGCGCCCGCGCGCCGCUUCCGCCCGCGCCGCGCGCCCCAAGCCCCGCCCCCGCCGCAGCACGCGCUCCCCCUCCCGCCCGGCACUGCGGGCGCCCCCCAGCGGUGGGAGGGAGCGGCGGCAGAGGCGUGA